GCGCGCGGGAGGCGUGCGGCCGCGCGUCGCCGCCGCCCGCCGGGGCUGGUCGCGCCCGCCGGAGCCGAGCCGGGCUGCGGGGCCUCCUUCCCGCCCCUCCCGGCGGGCGUCGCCCCGCCUGCUGCUCCCGGGCGCCUGCGGACUACAAGUCCCGGCAGGCCGCGGGCGCCGGGCGGCCUGCAGUGGCCGCCGCGCGCCCGGCUGUCCGCCUCCGCAGGGCCCCGGGGCCCCGGCCUCACGGGCAGCGCGGGAGCUGCGGGCCAGCGCCGGGGCGGCGCGCGCUGCGCGACCGGGGCCGACGCGGCUCGCUGCGUCUCGGCUCUGCCCUCGUCACAGGCUGGCACUGCCCGGCCCGGGCCCCGAGCCACACUGCUCAUCAUGGAUCCGGAUCCCCAGGCAGGCGUGCAGGUGGGCAUGCGUGUGGUGCGCGGUGUGGACUGGAAGUGGGGCCAGCAGGACGGCGGCGAGGGCGGCGUGGGCACGGUGGUGGAGCUCGGCCGGCACGGCAGCCCUUCGACACCUGACCGCACCGUGGUGGUGCAGUGGGACCAGGGCACUCGCACCAACUACCGGGCAGGUUACCAGGGUGCCUAUGACCUGCUGCUCUAUGAUAACGCCCAGAUCGGCGUGCGCCACCCCAACAUCAUCUGUGACUGUUGCAAGAAGCAUGGGCUGCGAGGCAUGCGCUGGAAGUGCCGGGUCUGCUUCGACUACGACCUCUGCACACAGUGCUACAUGCACAGCAAACACGACCUCAGCCACGCCUUCGAGCGCUACGAGACCGCCCACUCGCGCCCUGUCACGCUGAGUCCCCGUCAGGGCCUCCUGAGAGUCCCCCUGAGGGGCAUCUUCCAGGGCGCCAAGGUAGUGCGAGGCCCUGACUGGGAGUGGGGCUCCCAGGAUGGAGGGGAAGGGAAGCCCGGCCGUGUGGUGGACAUCCGGGGCUGGGACGUGGAGACUGGCCGCAGCGUAGCCAGCGUGACGUGGGCUGACGGCACGACCAACGUGUACCGCGUGGGCCAUAAGGGCAAGGUGGACCUGAGGUGUGUGGGCGAGGCGGCCGGCGGCUUCUACUACAAGGAGCACCUCCCGAGGCUUGGGCGGCCCGCGGAGCUGCAGCGCAGGACCAGUGCCGACGGGCGGCCCUUCCAGCACGGCGACAAGGUCCAGUGCCUGCUGGACACGGAUGUGCUGAGGGACGUGCAGGAAGGCCACGGAGGCUGGAACCCCAGGAUGGCAGAGCACAACGCCUUCUGGGUGGGCGACGUGGUGCGCGUGCUGGAUGACCUAGACACGGUGAAGCAGCUGCAGGCGGGGCAUGGCGAGUGGACGGACGACAUGGGCCCCGCCCUGGGCCGCGUCGGGAAAGUGGUGAAGGUGUUUGGAGACGGGAACCUGCGCGUGGCCGUGGGUGGUCAGCGGUGGACCUUCAGCCCCUCCUGCCUGGUGGCCUGCCGCCCUGCUGAGGACGCCAGUCUGACUGUAGCCGAACCUGCACGGGACAACAAAAGUGCGCCUGUGGGGAGUGAGGGGCAGCGGGGGCAGGGCUCCCCAGCACCACUCACCAAGGCCCUGCUCCCAGGCUCCCUGAGCAUGGCCCUGGAGAAGCUGCGGGCCCAGAAGGGCGACCUGGAGCACCCGGGCAGGCUGGUGGCUGAGGUGGCCCUGGGCAACAUGGCUCGGGCACUGGAGCUCCUGCGGAGACACCCGGAGCAGGUGGACGCCAAGAACCAGGGCCGGACAGCGCUGCACGUGGCUUCCUACCUGGGCCAGGGGGAGCUGGUGCGGCUGCUGCUUCAGGGCAGGGCCAGCGUGGACUUACCCGAUGAUGAAGGCAGCACAGCGCUGCACUACGCAGCCCUGGGGAACCAGCCGGAUGUAGCCCGGCUGCUCCUGAGUGCUGGGUGUGGGCCGAACGUACUCAACCGCAGCCGGAGCUCGGCACUGCACGUGGCCAUCAGGAGGGGCUUCCUGGAGGUGGUGAGAGUCCUGUGUGAGCGCGGCUGUGACAUCAACCUGCCCGAUGGGCAUGCAGACACACCCCUGCACGUGGCCAUCUCGGCGGGCACCGUUGCCAACAGCAUUGUGGAGGUCCUCACCGAAGUGCCAAGCAUUGAUGUCACCGCCAAGAACAGCCAGGGCUUAACACUGCUGCACCACGCGUCGCUGAAGGGCCACGCACUAGCCGUGCGGAGGAUCCUGGCCCGCGCCCGUCAGCUGGUGGACGCCAGGAAGGAGGACGGCUGCACGCCGCUGCACCUGGCCACGCUCAACAACCACCGCGACGUGGCCCAGAUCCUCAUCCGCGAGGGCCGCUGCGACGUGAACGCGCGCAACGGGAAGCUGCAGUCGGCGCUGCACCUGGCCGUGCAGCAGGCGCACGUGGGGCUGGUGCCGCUGCUGGUGGACGCGGGCUGCAGCGUCAACGCCGAGGACGAGGAGGGGGACACGGCCCUGCACGUGGCCCUGCAGCGCCAUCAGCGGCAGCCCCUGGCGGCGGCGGCCGGGGGAGACCCGGCGCCCUCGCAGCUGCUGUCCAGGCUGCAGGCCUCGGGCCUCGCGGGCACCGAAGAGCUGACGGUGGGCGCGGCCCUCGCCUGCUUCCUGGCGCUGGAGGGCGCGGACGUGAGCUAUGCCAACCACCGCGGCCGCAGCCCGCUGGACCUGGCCGCCGAGGGCCGCGUGUACAAGGCCCUGCAGGGCUGUGCCCAGCGCUGCCGGGAGCGCCAGGCGGGCGGGGGCGCAGCACAGGGCGCCCCCAGCACCGUGACGAACCUGCACGCGGCAGCCGCCGCGGGGCCCGAGGCCGCUGAGUGCCUGGUGUGCUCUGAGCUGGCGCUGCUGGUACUUUUCACGCCGUGCCAGCACCGCACGGUGUGCGAGGAGUGUGCGCGCAGGAUGAAGAAGUGCAUCCGGUGCCAGGCGCUCAUCGGCAAGAAGCUGCGUGCAGACGGCUCGGAGGUGGCGGGCCCCGCGCCCACGCCCGGCGCGCCGCGGCAGCUGGUGGAGGAGCUGCAGAGCCGCUACCGGCAGAUGGAGGAGCGCAUCACGUGCCCCAUCUGCAUCGACAGCCACAUCCGCCUCGUGUUCCAGUGCGGCCAUGGCGCGUGCGCGCCCUGCGGGGCCGCGCUCAGCGCCUGCCCCAUCUGCCGCCAGCCGGUCCGCGACCGCAUCCAGAUCUUCGUGUAGCCGCGCCGGCCCCGCACCCGCCCGCCCUGUAUAAAGCGUGUUCGCACUCUG